AUGGCACAUUGCGGCGAGUCCAGACAGAUGGAGCUGAAGCGGGGCCCACGGCCACCUUGGUUCCUGGAUCUGCAGAAAAACUGGGUGCCAAUUCUUUGCCAGGCCAAUUUCUUCACGGGCGACAGCAAGGCCGAGGUCAUUUCCAAAGAAUUGGAGGAGACAGCCUUGCGAUAUCUUCCCUACGUGGCGCGGGCCAAGCGACUGCUACUCAGCUCCCACCGAUACAUCGCCUAUUCCAGCGACGUGGGCGAAUCCCUUCGCCCUGUCAUUAAGCCCUGGCAGGUGAACUUGAGCUAUGGCAUUGCUGGAGCCUACGUCCUGGCCGACACUGGUUUGGCCGGGUACCGCCGGCAACAGCAAGUCGUGAGCAGGUGGCCGCCGCCUGCGUCCACACCGCCACCUUUCAGACUGUGGCGUCCCUGGCGUUGCCUGCGGUGA